AUGCACUCGCUCUUCUCAGCCUCUGGCGCACGCAAGUCGAAGCACACGCUGCCGAACGAGCGCGAAGGCUUCGCGCUGGCCGUCGGCGCCUCGAUGCAGUGGUCCAAGCCGCACGGUCAGGGCUCUCUAGCCUGGCACCCUGGAACCUUGUUGUGGGGCACUAUCGACGCGGCGUCGGCCACCAUGAUGCUUAUCACGGCCCUGAUGGUCAAGCCCUCCAUGACGCUGCUCAGGACGCAUCAGAAAGCGAAACAUGCUCCGGCCAUCGUAUGCGCGCAGACGCUGGCGCGCUACUGGGCGUCGGCAUCGUCGGGCGCGCUGAUCGCCGACGGCUGGCAUUCGCUGAGCGACCUCUUCAGCGACGCGCUGUGCUGGGCCUCGGUGCAGCUGGGGGCGCACGGCUACGAGCGGCUCGAGCACGUGUGCACCCUCGGCAUCGCGGCCAUCCUGCUCGCGACGGGCGUCGCGAUGACGGAGCUGCUCUUCAGCAUCUCGCACGCGGUCGGCGUGCGCUGCCGCUCGCCCUCGCUCAUCGCCAACGCCUUCCACCACCGCUCCGACGCGCUCUCGUCGGUCGUCGCCGUCUUCGGCAUCUUCGGGGUCAUGUGCGGCUGCCGCUGGAUCGACUCGCUCGCGGCGACGGCCGUCGGGCUGAUGGUCGCGCGCAUGGGGAGCGAGGUGGCGAUGGAGAGCCUCGCCGCCAUCGGCGAGGCGUCGCAGGACAUCGCCGCGAAGUCGACCGGGGCGAUCCCCCGCCCUCGCAUGAUCCCCCACAUCGUGCUGAGACCCUCGGGUUCGCGUUUGCGUUUCUGUUGA